AAACCAGUUCCGUGUUUUGGCUCUUCAGGUUUUUGACCCUAUCCUCCAGCCGGGAGAUCCUCUCCAGCUUCCUUUUCCGGCAUUUGGACGCGGCCACCCUGUUCCUCAUGCGCUUCCUCUCUGCUUUGAUGCGCUCCUGGUUCUCCAUGUUGAUGGGGGAGAGCGGUGGGGUGUCGCCGGACAUCUCGGGCACCGUCUGCGGCUCCUCUUUGAGUGCGUGUAGCCGCUGGUGGUCCAUGUGGUUGUGGGAUGACGAUUGGGAAGCCGGGUAACUCAUAGGUGGGUGCCUCUCGCUGGCAGGUGCAGACGCAGAGCCCAUAAUCCGGCUGAAAGUGCCCAAGUUUGUGUACUCCGGCGGGUCGGUGCGCACCGUGCAGCUGUAGGGAACCCCGCCGCCCUCAGACGCAGCGGAGCCGGAUACCAUGCUGUUGGUGGCGCCGGCCUGUGCGGGACCCUGCUGAUGGUAGUGGAGCUCAGCCAAUGCCCUCACAAACCCUUCAGCAAACCCCUCCUGCUCGUCGGUGAUGUUCUUGGGACAGACGAACUGGGUCGGGGUGGGAGUCGUCAGCCCGGUGCAGGACUGAAUGAUUAAUCGCUCCAAUUCAGGCGAGGCCAGCUUCAGUAACCCGACAUCAGGGGACGUCAGGAUGUCCAGGGCCUUGGAGCUCAGCUGGGGUUUGAAGUUUUUUGGGUCGUUUAGGUUCAGAGUCAUGGUCUGUUUCAGGGUUUUGGGGUUGAACCCAUACACCGUCGUCCCGUCAGAGUUGGACGCAUUCACGGCUUCGUCGUAAAAUGUCGCUUCCAUUUUUCUGGACAUAAAGUUUUUUAUCACCUUUAGGGAGGUCUAUUCCUUAAAAAAAAGCACAAGAUCGAAUGGUUUACAUACGUCCUGUGACUCUCUUUCUCUUAACUGUCUUGUGAAAGAGUCCGCCUAUUGUUGAAGUUCAACUCACUUGACAACUUCGCGUCCGGAGAAAACUUUUCUCUUGUGAACCGUGUGAUCAUCAACGGAAAACGUAGUUCCCCGCCGCCGAGCCUCGGUGUUUGUACACCUGAAGUAUCCUCUCUGAUUUAUCCUCCUUCCCGAAAAUCUGGAAACAGAGCCUGAAUAGGGAUUAUACUUUCUAUCACUUCCAACGUGGAGACGAACUUUAUCCACCUCUAAGCUGCAGCUCUACUGAAAAUAACAAUGAUGUCAUUUCUACGGACUCUGAUUGGCUUGAUCUGAUUUGGUGGGCGGGGUAUGUCUAAUGACAUGCAGGUUGCUCUGACAACUAGCCAUAUCUCCGCCCCCCCGCGAUGGCUUAUGGGAUUAGCUCGUCUCAUGGCAGAGGUCUACUAUGUUGGAGUGGACGUGGGCACUUCCAGUGUGAGGGCUGCACUGGUGACCAGGGCGGGCCUGCUGAAGAGCACUGCAGAGGAGCCCAUCAGCAUCUGGGAGCCCCAAUCUGACCAUUAUGUCCAGUCCUCCACUGAGAUCUGGGAGAAAUGCUGCACAGUGGUCAAACGAGUUACCCAAAGUGUGGAGAGGAGUCUGGUACGAGGGAUUGGCUUUGAUGCCACCUGCUCUCUAGUGGUUUUGGACCAAAGCUUCCAGCCUGUGCCAGUCAGUCAGGAUGGUGACAGACAAAGGAACGUGGUGAUGUGGAUGGACCAUCGUGCUGAAGAGCAGGCUGCUCGUAUAACAAAUGCCGGCCACAGGGUCCUGAGCAGGGUGGGAGGGGUCAUGUCACCAGAGAUACAACCCCCUAAGCUGCUCUGGCUCAAAGAGAAUCUAAAAGAAAGCUGCUGGAACAAAGCUGCUCACUUUUUUGACCUUCCAGACUUCCUGUCUUGGAAGGCAACAGGCUCUUUGACACGGUCUUUAUGUACUCUGGUGUGUAAAUGGACAUAUUGCCCUCCAGAAGGAUGGGAUGCCAGUUUUUGGACUAGCAUUGGACUGGAGGAUCUCCUCGAAAACAGUUAUUCCAAAAUAGGCAGUGUGACGUGUGCUCCAGGGAGCCCGUUGGGGGACGGCCUCACCCAGCAGGCAGCAGCAGAUUUGGGUUUGGACCCAAGAACUGCAGUUGCUGCUUCUCUCAUUGAUGCUCAUGCUGGAGGCCUUGGUGUUAUAGGUGCAGAUGUAAAAGGCUUUCACUUGCCCUGUGAGGACCAGCCAAUCACCUCACGCAUGGCAAUGAUCUGUGGGACAUCAACCUGUCACAUGGCGCUCAGCGAGCAGCCUCUGUUUGUGCCAGGAGUGUGGGGGCCCUGCCUGUCUGCCAUGGUGCCUGGCAUGUGGCUCAACGAGGGAGGACAGAGCGCUACGGGAAGGCUGAUCGACCACAUGGUGAAGGGUCACACCGCUUACACCCAGCUCCAGGAACGGGCACGGCAGAGACUUCCUUUUACUGGAGAGAAUAUCUACAGCUACCUGAACAGCCACCUGAGUUUAAUGGCCAACUCCGGUUCUGCUGUUGACCUGCUGGGCUCCAGUCUGCACUUGUGGCCAGACUUUCACGGGAACAGGUCUCCCCUGGCAGACCCCACCUUGAAGGGCAUGGUGAUCGGACUGUCACUCUCCCAAACUUUGGAUGACUUGGCCCUGCUCUAUUUGGCCACUGUACAAGCCCUCGCUCUUGGUACUCUUCAUAUUCUCGAGGCUAUGAAAGAAGCAGGACAUGACAUCAGAACCCUCUUCCUGUGUGGCGGGUUGAGCAAAAAUGCUCUGUUUGUACAGAUUCAUGCCAACGCUACAGGAUUGCCUGUGGUGUUGCCUGACCAGAUAGAGGCUGUGCUAAUAGGAGCAGCAGUCCUGGGUGCAUGUGCAUCACAGGACUACAGCACUAUACAGGAGGCAAUGGAGAAAAUGGCUAAAGUGGGGAAAGUUGUUCAGCCUGACAAUGAACUCCAGAGCUUCUAUGAGAGAAAGUACAAAGUGUUCCUGCGACUGUUCGCCCACCAGAGGGAGUACCAAGCCAUCAUGAACCAGAGAUGACACUGCUGGUGGGAGGCGGCCGAGUUGGAACUGACUCUCUCUGACGUAAUAGUGAUGACAAAUCCACACACUGGAGACAAGAACAGUAGUCUUAACCCUGCUAAUUUCCAUGAUAUUAUUAAUGGCCCAGUUUGAAGGAACCUGAAGGAAAACCGCUCUCUUUGGCUGACUAUCUGUCAGGGGUUAAGUUGGUUCUGGAUAUAUGACUGGCAGAAUUUAGACUUCACACAUGCUCGAUUUAACACCACCUGGCAGAUGACAGUAAAGAAGACCUUUAUGGGGACAAGCUGUUGGAGCUUUCCAUGGCUGUCUGUCCUUGUAGAUCCACUGUUGCAUUUCUACCCAAAACAAAGAGCAGGAUGCAGGAGUGAAUGAGGUAACAUCGACAGAUUUUACAGUGUUCACUUGCUCCAUCCAAAGUCACAAACCGGCAAGUACUGACACCUUCAAAUGUAUUCCUAAUAAAAAAUUUAAAUGAUA